CGCCCUCCCCGGCCCUGGAGCGGAGAGUGGUAAAGCCCAGCCUAGGACUAUCACCCAGCCCCAUGAAGUAGCCCUUGUGCGCUGCUACCCAGGCAUCACCCAGAGCAGCCGCGGGAGGAGGCGCCAGGCAGGCAGGCAGCCGGCCGGCCGGCUUCCAGGCAUCUCCGUGCGCUCCGAGCUCCUUCCACACCCCCAGCUCCGAGCAGAGCGCGAACCGGCUCCCCAUCCCCUGUGCUCCUGCCCCGCAGCCCCGGGACCAAGCCAUGAAGCAGGCUCUGAUGGAAGUCAUGAGGAUGAACAGGAUUUGCAGGAUGGUCCUGGUCACUUGCUUCGGAUCCUUUAUCCUGGUCAUCUUCUAUUUCCAAAGUAUGUUGCAUCCAGUAAUACGUAGGAAUCCAUUUGGAAUGGACAUCUGUUGUCGGAAGGGGUCAAGAAGCCCGCUCCAGGAACUGUACAGUCCCAUCCAGUUACCGCGUUGGGAACCUCUUCCUUUUUAUGGAAAUCAGCAAUGUGUUAGCAGUGUCAUAACAGAUACUGAAAGUGUAUGGUGGCCUCGAGCAAUGCAGUUGGAGUUGUCUAAUACAGCAAUCCUUCAUCAGAUUAGGAGAGACCAAGUCACAGAUACAUGUCGAGCCAACAGCAUGUCUAGCAGGAAACGCCGUGUGCUGACACCCAACGAUCUCAAACAUUUGGUGGUGGAUGAAGAUCAUGAAAUGAUCUAUUGUUAUGUGCCCAAAGUGGCCUGUACAAACUGGAAGAGAAUCAUGAUGGUCUUGACAGGAAGGGGCAAAUACAGUGACCCCAUGGAAAUACCAGCCAAUGAAGCCCAUAUAUCCUCAAACCUGAAGACCCUCAACCAGUACAGCAUUCCAGAGAUCAACCACCGUUUAAAAAGCUACAUGAAGUUCCUGUUUGUCCGCGAGCCUUUUGAGAGACUGGUGUCAGCCUACAGGAACAAGUUCACCCAGAAGUACAACACCUCCUUUCACAAGAGAUACGGUACCAAAAUCGUGAGGCGCCAAAGGAAAAAUGCCACCCAGGAGGCUCUGCGUAAAGGUGACGACGUGAAAUUCGAGGAGUUUGUGGCAUAUCUCAUUGACCCACAUACCCAAAGAGAAGAACCUUUCAAUGAGCACUGGCAAACUGUCUACUCCCUCUGUCACCCCUGCCAUAUCCAUUAUGACCUCAUAGGAAAGUAUGAGACACUUGAAGAUGAUUCCAAUUACAUCCUUCAACUUGCAGGAGUAGGCAGUUACCUGAAGUUCCCCACCUAUGCAAAGUCUACGAGAACUACUGAUGAAAUGACCACAGAGUUCUUCCAGAACAUCAGCUUGGAACACCAAACACAACUGUACGAAGUCUACAAACUUGAUUUUUUAAUGUUCAAUUACUCAGUGCCAAGCUACCUGAAACCGGAAUGAGAGGGAGAAGGAGGAAAGAAAGCCUGUUUUAUUUAAGAUUUUUAUUUGUCAUAAUAAAUAUGGAGAAUUGUUAUUUUGUAAAUUAAUAUUUUCUUUUUGAAUGAUGCUGCGAGCAGCACAGUCGAAAUUAUUUAAAUCAUCUGUAAGAAAGGACAGUUCUCUUUGCGGGGUAACAGGAUGGUGACGAUCUCGCUUUAGAAAUGAAUAUUACUGCUACACUGUUUAUAAACGUUAAUUGUGUUCUGGUGAAUUUCAUUUAUCUUUGCAUUCAACAAAUUCUAAUUAAUGUUAUUUAUACUUAUUUAAAACAUGGUCUCUUGGUAGGUUUCACUUUAGCAGCAGAAAUACGACAAUAUUUGGACAAAGGGAAUCUGGUUUAUGCUUUCCUCAGCUGAAUUUAUUAGUUUAUUGUUACUAGCCAGAUGUUUUGGAAACCCUAGUAGAAAUAAUUUCUUCCAAGGUGAUUCUGCACUUAAAGCAAAAUUAGAAAGUUAUCUUCCCAUACCUGAAAGAAAAACAUGAAACACGUUUUGUUACACACAAUAGUUAAAAUCCAGGACUAAAAGAAAUUGGAUGUAUCCCUUGAAGAAAGCAAGAAUACAUUUUUCUUAUCUGGACAUGGUAAUAUCACCAAUAUUGUUUGUGUCCCAGUGCCUGGCAUUUCCAAGCCUGUCAGCCCAAUGAAUGCUGACAGGGAUUUGUCCAUAUUACAUACCAACAAAAUAUGGGCCAAGAGUUUCAAAACUAACUUGAGAUUUUGAAUGCCCAACCUGAGCCACCUUAAUGGAGGCCUGAUUUCAGCGAGUGGGUGCUUAACACUUCCUAAAAAGUCAGGCCCUUUUAAACGAUCUCACUUUGGGCACCCAAACUCACUAGGCACUUCAGAGAAUCUUGGCAAUAAUAAGUUUGUAUAUAUUAUAUAGGCAUCCAAAAAGAUCACCUUCGUAUUGAUCUGAGCAUACGGGGCAAUAAAAGAAUUCCUGUUUCCUUAAUACAUGUUGGUUUCAUAGCCUCUCGCCUCCAGGGGUAGCGUUGUUUUCCAUUUAUUAGUCAAUAUUAAACACCAUUGGUGAGCGUGUUUCUAAUUUCCAGCAAUUUAAUAUUGCACCUGAGCUAAGUCUAGUAUGAGAACAUGACCCUUUGAUGUAAGGUGAAUGUUUCAGUAGCAGUUGCUCCGUAUAUAAUGUUUGUUGAAAUGGCAUAUUGUGCUAGGAGGAGGAGAUUGUUCAAAACAUUCUCCAGAUAACAAAAUAAACAAAGUAUGGAUAAUUUAGUCACUAUAAAUAAGAAAAAAUGGUAUUCUAAUCUAGUCCUAUUUGUUUAAUUUUAUCUGCGUUGGAUGUAAAUGGGAUCUACAACUAAGAUGGCAGUGGGCAUGCUGUUUAUGAAAUAUUAUGUACUCACUACCGAGCUGUCUUGACCUGGAGAGGCAGCAGAGUGAACUAAUUCAAUACAUUGCUUUACCACUUUCUUCUGGCUCAUUUUCCUGUAGCUGAAGAUGGAACAGAGGAAUUUGUCAGAAUCAGGUGUUGAUAAAGUACAUUUUACUUGUCAAAGUGGCAGCCUAGAUUCUAUAGCCUUUAUGGUAAUAUUUUACAAAAUCAAAGAUUGCUAUUGAUUUUUGCAAACAUUCAUUGGGCUGGCAUUUUGUUUUGCAAAAAAACAAAGUGAUGGGUAAAAAACUUUCAGAGGUGCCUAUGUGAUUUAGGAGCCUACAUGUGAUGCUUUUUUACUUCGAGUUGUCCAUAUCCAUCUCUCACUAUAAUCAAAUUCCCAACGUUCAAACAGUUGUGAGGAGGGUUAGAUAAAACAGCGCUGCUCUUGAUCCAAUUUAUCAGUCUCUGGGUUAGACCCUGGAAUUACACAGAUUUACAAUUGUCAGGCACCAGGACCCACACAGACAUUGUUGACUUUUAAAGGUGACUAGGCCUUCGAGGAAAUAGGACUUGGUCUUAUUUUGCAAAGCUAUUGCUGGACAAAAAUCUCAGAUGAAGACAAAGGACAAAGUAACACAGCUAACAAGAAGCAACUACCAUACUUUCACAGCUGAAAUUUGGCCUUUAAAAAACCCAGCCCCCCUCGUCAAUUCUCAAAUGGACAUUCUAUAUAUAAAAUCCAGAUAUUAUUUGGGAGAGAGGAUAGCAGCAGGGCUAGCUAGUAUGCAAUUGGCUGUUUGAAUUUAUGAAUUCCUAAGUGGCUUCUGACGGCCUACUCAUUUUUUACUUGAAAGCAGUUUUGUCUUGGACAGCGUGUGUGAGGAUCUGGUACAAGUGCCUAUCACAGUGUGUGCCCUGUCUUUCUUUUAUUAUGUAGUUCAAUGGUUAUAUAUUUGCUUUUUUAAAACCCCAUCUACACUUAUGGUGGAUUUUUUCUACAAGUUAUUUAUCGGUUGUAUCUGCUUGCUCAGAGUUGUGCCUGGCAGGAUUAGUAUUUUGGUCCAAUUUUCUCUAUCAUCCAUUGGGUGUUUUUCCCCCCCUCUACGGGACGUUAUUUUAAAAUUGUCAUGGAAGAGAAAAUGCUGGUCAGUACAUUUUUAAAAACUAAGGAAUGAUGCACUUUCCCCCUGUCUUUUUGUUUUUACUCAUCCCUUGUCAUCACCACAAUUUCAUCUGUUCUUAUAUAUUCUCAUUCAUUUGACUGUUUUGUGGACACGUUUUAUGUCAUGGUUUUUGGUAAAAAGCACUUGGUGAAGGAGUCUGGAAAAUGAGGAAAUUGCAUCCUAUUUAAAGAACCAAGAUUUUCAACUGCAGCUGGGAAUUCAGAUGCCUAAAUUGAGGCACUUUAAGAAAGCCUGAUCUCAGAAGGCAGAUGCUCAGCACUUCUGAAAAUCCUCAUAAAAGGUGUCUCGCAUGGGGCACCCAGAAUUGCUUUUUGUUCUUGAAAGUCUUGGGCCUAGAUUAUCACAGGGUGUUGAUUUAAAUAAGGUAGAACAAGUUUUUAAAAAAACAAUUGACAAAUAGACUAUGGUAACAUCCUGCUUCCUAAUUUGGACUAAACAAGAGGAUCUACUUAAAACUACGGGCUGAAUUGAUUUUACUGAGCCAAAUUUGCUUUUGCCUGAACCCAUAGAGAUACGGCUCUGAGGAUCUUCCUAUAUAGUCAAAAAGGCACCAUCCUUUCACAGUGAAAAGACUGCCAGAAAACAAGAUUUCUCUUUUUCUCCCACAAUUUCCCAAACCCAAGGUUAAAGAUUGAGUCCAGCAGUGGAAUUCAGAGCAUCCAUAUGACAGAGCUAGGACUAGGACUAGGCCCCUAGCCCUUGCCUCACAACCAUUUAUCUUGUCUCAAGAAGCCUUUUAGAGUAAUGCUAUUAGUUCCUCCAUAAGGUACCAGUGAAAGUAGAGUUGUCAACUGUUCUGAUCCUUAAUUCCACUACCACACCACUCUCAACUAAUAUUUGUUAAGACCAAUGCAAACUUCACAGAACAGAGGUUCCAUAAGUGUAGUUUGACUUAAAUAUUUUGGUGGAGGGGAAGCAGUUUCAGUCAGGCCAACAGGGCCAUUGGCAGGGGCGAGAAAAUCCAUGCCUGCCCAAGGCUUGCACUUUCGGAGGGAGCAGGGCAAAGUGGCCAAAGCUGAAAAAUGAGAGUAUAAAACUAAGUACACAAUGUUGAUCCCAAACAGUACAUACAAAUCCUGAGUCCAUGUCUUCAUGCUCUAGUAGUUAUCAGUGUUGAUAGAUACAGUGGAUCCAAACCUGUAAGCUUGUGGACUCCAAACUAUACUUAGUCCACAUCAUGAAAUGUCAUCUAGUUAGAGUUCUCAGAAAUCUGACUUCCUCCAUGCUUCAGCCUCCUAAGAAACUUUUUGAGAGACCUUUUCCGAGACUGUCUAACCAAGUCUUACACACUGCAACAGCAAAGUGCUUUUAGAAGUAAAUUGACCCCUGCUGUUUUACUGUAGUCUGCUGCACUUUUCAGGUACAAAAAGGGACUGUCCUUACUAUUACUCUUGUUACAGAGAGUGUUAUUUUCUUACAUGCAUGCACAAUACAUGUAUAUAUAAUUUAACAUCGAUGUGCAGUUUGAUUUUUUUUUACCUAUUUGUAUGCAGUAGAAGGCUUGUUGUAGAAAAGUAUCUCCUCAUAUCUGAAUAUACUAUUAAUAAAACAAAAACAAAAAAAGCUAACUUAUACAUUGCCAACAAAAGUGUGAACUGCUCAUGAAUCUUUCCCUGAAGAGAAAAAAAGCCAUUCAAGCCUGAUUAUUUUUCUAAGUAACUUCAAUUAAAUUGAAGAAAGAG